GUGAGGGUCGAAACAUGACGCAAGACUUUGUCACGAUUUGGGAUAAAUAAAUAGUGAGAGUCGCAUAUGUACAUUGUGUUCAGUUUGCUUGAUUCUCUCCAAGUUUAACUUGUAAAUAAUUAAAAUUUGAAGAAAUAUUUUAAAAAUGAAAUACGCCACGAUUUUUUUGACCGUUUUUCUCUUGGGGGUCAGUUGUUGCGUUGGAGAGGAAGGACUUUUCGAAAGUUUGGGACAAAUCGGAAAUAAAACGUUUUUCAAGUCGGCGACUACGGAGUCGAUUUGGGGGGCAUCGUCGGGAUGCAGGGCGGAGGGAAUGGAGAUGGCGUCGAUUGAGACUGCAGAGGAAAAUAACUUUCUACUAUCACACUCCAGCAUUGGAUUGUUCGUUAGUUACUGGACUUCCGCUAUCGUGAUUAACACGGGUGAAGAUAUGAAAUGGCACUACAGCGGGACUCCGGUGGAUUUAAGCUUCAUGGAAAUCCCGGGAAGUUACAUCACAGCUGGUGUGAUUUUUAAUCGGCUAAAUCGUAACUGGAGACUGAUCACGAUUCACAGCGGGAUUGGUGAGACAAGACAUCCUUAUUUGUGCGAAGCGGUUGUUGGGCGGGAAAGCGGGGCGGGAGAGAGGAAAUUGAAAGAAACUUCGCCAUCUAGACCAGCUGGUCCAAUAAUUAUGGAAUCUGAGAAUUCGGGCGUACUUGAUGUCCAACUUUUGGGGCAAGUUGGGAACAAAGAGUAUCACGUGGAUUUGACUUCACAGCUGACCUGGAAUGAGUCCCGCCACACUUGUGAAGGGCUUGGGAUGCAACUCGCCGAGAUUGUGACCGUUGACGAGAGCAAUUUCCUUAAGACCCAUGUCCUCCUGGAACAAUGGCAUCGAUUUUGGGUGGCUGCACGCGUCUUCACGUAUCCGACCGACUUGACCUGGGGGAAUGGACAGCCGAUCGACUACACUUUGGGGCAAAUGGACCCCACCGACCUAUAUUUUAGAAAUGCGCUGACCUUCGUCGGUGUCGAGGGGGACGGCUAUUUUGAACCGGAAUCCACUCGAAGGCCCUUCCUCUGUCAGAAAAUAGUGGGAAGGGACCAAUAAAAAUUUGGAAAUUUUUCUAGAAAAGGGUUACUUCCAUUAUAAAGAAGUAACUUCCAUAAUAUCCAUAUUUAUGGAAAUUUGUCUCAAAAUUUUGAACCAGGUAGAUAUGUAAGAAAUUGUUACAAAAUAAAGGAAUAUUUGAAUCUUAGCACAUGCUAAAUACAAA